AUGGAGCAACUUAUACAGUCACUAGAGAACGAUAAGGAAAAGGAAAUAGCAAGAAAUAAAGUGAGCAAUAGAAUAUUACUUUUCAAACGCAACAUGAAACACAACGAAGCGGAAAAAUUAAUAUUAUCAGCAUUUCAUAAAGCAAAGGCGUUUAUCCAGAAACACAAAAACAACAUUAUUAUAACUGAUGCCGACAAAGGCAACAAAACUGUAGUCAUAUACAAAACAGAGUACCUAGAGAAGAUGAAGAAACUAAUAGAAGACAGAAAUACAUAUAAAUCAAUACGAACUGAUCCUACAAACACUCUUCAAAGAAAAAACAACAAAAUAGUGGACGAACUUUACAAAGGCAAGCACAUAAACUUCAGGGAAAAACAAAAACUCACCUGCACUGCAGCCACCAGAAUUUAUGGCUUGCCUAAAAUACACAAGCCUGGAGUUCCACUUCGUCCUAUUGUCUCUUCUAUUAUGGUCCCCUGUUACAAACUGCCCAAAUAUAUCGGCGAGAUUAUACAAAGUCUAAUUUCGGGAAAAUAUAACGCCAAGAAUGCUUUUGAUCUUAAAGAUAAGUUAACCAACGUCCAUGUGUGUGAUGAAGAUGUUUUAGUUUCGUUUGAUGUCAUUUCCCUAUUCACAAAUAUACCAACGACAUUAGCUUCGAGAAUAAUUAUGAAUAAGUGGGACCUAACUCAACAGAAAACUUCUAUUCCAAAAAAGAAAAUUCACGAAAUAAUAGACUUUUGCCUCAAGGAUAACAACUACUUUAUGUUCAGCAACAAACUAUACGCACAAACUUUUGGAAUGCCCAUGGGAAAUCCAUUUUCUCCAACAAUCGCUGACAUUAUCAUGGACAACCUACUGGACAACACCAUCACUGAGCUGAAAGAAAAAUUUAACAUUGACAUAAAGCUUAUAACAAAAUACGUGGACGACAUCUUCGCUAUUAUCAAACGUAAUGACGCGAAUAUUAUUCUAGAUACUCUUAAUAAAUACCACAAUAAACUGAAAUUUACUAUGGAAAUGGAAAAAGACUGA